AUGCAAAACGAGUCGAGUGAAAAUGUGGCCCCAUCGAUGGCCACAACAGCUAUCGACGCGGCCGACUCCAUGCGCAGCACACCAGCCCCUGAGCCACGUCGUCCCAAGCCGGGCAUACUCCGGCUGGACAUAAGCAAGCCACGACGUUCAUCAGGUGGUUCCGUUGAUUUUCGUUGCGUGAGUGGUACUGGCGCUGGUGGUGGCGGUGGCGGUGGCAGCAGCAGCGCCAAUGUCACGGGCGCCAACAGUGAGGUAAGUGAGAAUGAUUUACUGUACGCCGGGGAGUGCUUACGAUUUGGCCAGGACACAGUCUAA